AUGCCCGGACGCCGUAGCUAUGUGAACUCCCUCUGGACAGGGAGUGAGCGAGUUCGUAUAGGAGAACGACUGAAAGCGACAUUGGCCGGUAUUAUGGAAUUGGACUUGCUCAGGUCCCGACAGCUGGAGAUGGUCGAUGGGAUUCUGGCUGGCAAUGGAAUGACCCCUGUAACCACCGAUCUACCAGAGAGAAAUCUUGAGAGUACAACCGCCGAAGGUGCCGCAGCAUCCCUCAGGCAACAGGUUCCAUCUCCCAGUGAACUGGUACCGGCCAGCACAGGAGAGGGGCUCAGUUCUCGAUGGUCUACACUGUCCUGGGAUAUCCCAUCAGAACUCCUUUCCCCAGCAACACCAGAACCAAUUGCUACCACACCGCAAGACUGGGACUCUAGGCCCAGCUCAGGUUUCUAUUCUGUCAGUGGGAGUUCCCUGUCGGACUCCUGUUUCUCAGUGUCCAGUGAGGCAGCUCCUGGAGGGUCAGUGAAAAUGGGGGGAACAGGAAGGCCUCAUUCACUAGACCACGGUGCUACACAGUGGAGGGAGACUGAACAGCAGAGUGCUCAGAGCCCAGAGGCGACUGUAGAGAAGGCUGAUAAUAGAAGACCUGCCUCUACAGGCGAUCUGGACAUCAGCGGCCUAAUGUUUCUGACAGAUUUUUUCUCCACUUUGUGUGGAACCCAGCAGGGAUCACUUCUGUCACCUUCCAGUUCAUUCCUUACCAACCGGCAAAUCCAGCUGGACCCCAAAUUCUGCACUGACCUGGUCUCUCGCAAGACCAAAGAAGUGUACCCUUACCCCAGCCCGUUACAUGCUGUGGCACUCCAAAGCCCGCUCUUCACUUCCUGUCAGGACCCCUCCCCGCCCCGCCUUUCUCCGAGCCCUGAGAAUGUGCAGCCCGCGGAGCCUGAGCCGGAACAGCCCCCUGUGAAAUCUCGUCCUCCCCCGUCCCCAUCACUCACACAGCUGGAGCAGUACAUAUCCAGAUUAGUUCAGCAGUAUCACAGCAGGGCGGCUGCAGAGUUCCCUGGUCAAGGCUCGCAAAAGAACGAUUCGUUUCCAAGCCACAAGGCACCGCAGUUAAGGAGUGGUUCCUCCUCCAGUCUAGGAGGAGGCAGUGUGACCCCAUCCAAAGUACUGGGCAACUCAGCCAGAGUUAGCCUGAGCAGUAUUGGUAAGAAAGCCAGCAGGAAUUCCAUAAAUCUGGGAAACCUUCCAUCCGUGACUGGCGAGGAUUUCAACAUAAGUUUUCAUUUGAACUUGAAUUUGAACUUGAAUCCAGCUCAGAAUAAAAGUCUAAAUAUUGACUCCAAAAAUGCGAAGGAUGUGACGGCAUCGUGUGGGCAUCUCAGCGCCAGCAUUGCCACCCCGACGGCCUCUCCUUCUUCUUCCUCGUCCGCUAUUACUAUCACUCCUAACUGGAGGGGUCGACCACGGAUAUCCACCUGUCCAUCGACAGUGAGCAAUCGUGGGUCAUUGGAGAUUACUGGGAGGACGUUUGGACCACUGGGCUUCUCUCGCUCGCUUGACUGGAGUGGAACUUCGAGAGAGGAGGCAGAGGGGUGUCCUCCAACCAAAGCUGUGGAAAGUCCCCCAAAACUCAGCGAGGACUCAGCUGUGGUCUGUGAGAUAUCGCGUGUUUCUGGGCUCCCCAAGUCUGUAGUGGUGGGACUGAUGGAGGAAGGGGUCGAGUUGGAUGCAGAAUGUUUUACGAGUGAAAGACAGAGAGGGGAGGGGUCGGCUUCUCCUUGUAGUGCACCAACACCCCGCUCAUCAAGAUCCUCACUACAAAUGCCCUGUGGGUCCGAUUACGGUGCUAAGCAUCUGGGCUCACCAGCUCCGAACCACUGGGCAGGAAGCAUGGACCCUGAACAGGACUACAGUUCCCAUCAGCACCACCUACAUGUUACACGCACACCCCAGUCAGGCAGCCCACAUUCUGAGUCCGAGCGCUCCGACCGCACUUCCAACCAUUCUAUGACUGGUACCUCCCCGGUCAUGCCUCUCUCACACACUCAUUCUGACACAGCGUCCUCUCCAGGCUCCGCCUCCCACGCCAGAGUGCAUUCUCCACCUCGGCUUCUCUCCAGUUCGCCCUUCACCCCUGCUCAACUGACAGUGUUUCGUCGCGAUUCCCCAUCCCAGUGUUCCCUCCCCCGCUUCCGACCGUGCGGCUCCCCACUGGAGGGUGCCAUCAGGCCCAGGGGUGGGUCUUUGAGGCAGGAGGCAGGUGCUGGUUGGAGGUCUCAGGAAAGGGGAUGGAGGAGGAGCGGUGAUGGUGAGAGGCUCUACCAAGGCAAGCACGCUUCACGAGAACUGAUUCGCGCAUCAACUGUUAGCAAUUACUCAGGGAGGGACUACAGCAGUGGAUGGGAGGAUGACGUAGGUUCUCAGACUCCGAAAAAGGGGGGCAAAUUCUGGAAAGGGUUUGAGACACGACUGUGGGGAAAAGAGGAGGACGGAGAGAGUGUUCAGAGGGGCGCAUUAGGAGGUCGAAGAAAUGCCUCCUUAAAAGAAACUUCAUCCAAAAAGGGGCAGGAAAAAUUUGAGGGCAAGUCGUCCAAACGGAAAGGAACAAGUUGGGAUGGCCGUAGCUCCAGUCUUCGGCUAUCCAGGAGGGCGCUGUUCCGCAGCGAGUCUCAGGGAAUUCUGGAGCCGCAGUCUCAAAAAAGGGAAGGCUGCCUCCGCAGCAACCUGUGGUCUUCUUCAUUUGAAAUCAGUCGCGAGGGACGCGGUUCGGAACGAAGUCGGAAUCUUGUGAAAAAAGAAGAAAAACACCUUUCUUCCACUGCCAGCCUUUUUCAUCUCUCCCGUUCACAGAGCCUAGAGGGCAGCUGUCAAUCCCUCUCUCCUCUCUCUUCCCCAUCCCUUUCUCCUUCUCCACCUCCGCCAGCCCCGCUGACACGUUCUAGAUCAUUCCGCGACCUUGGGAGAAGAGUUUUUGGCUCGAUGAGAUCCCUUAGUUUAAAAAGUCACAAAUCAAAAAAGUGA